AUGAAGCUCGGAGACACCGUACCAAAUUUCACAUUUGAGACCAAUCUCAGAAAGAAUCAAAACUUGCACAGUUACAUCGGAGACAAUUGGCUGAUGCUAUUCAGUCAUCCUGCCGAUUUCACCCCUGUCUGUACUACCGAGCUGGCCGAACUUGUCAGACUUGCACCAGAGUUCAAUAAGCGUCAUGUGGAGAUUCUCGCAAUCAGCAUCGACUCAUCGGAAACUCACCGUGACUGGGCAAAGGAUAUUAAUGCAUUAGUCACGGGCUGCUUCAAUGGAGGAAACAAUCUUCCGUUCGAAAUCAUUGCUGAUACUGAUCGAAAAAUUUGCACUGAAUUGGGAAUGAUCGAUCCAGACGAGCAAAACUCGCAAGGAAUUUGUCUCUCAGCCAGAGCUGUUAUGCUCUUCGGACCAGAUAGAAAGCUGAAGUCGAAGAUUCUCUAUCCUGCUACAUUCGGCAGAAACUUCGUUGAGAUUCUUCGUAUGGUGGACGGAGUUCAACUUGGUACCAAAGCUCCAGUUGCUACUCCUGUUAACUGGAUCUCAGGAGACAAUGUGAUCGCACAACCAUCUCUCAGUCAGGAAAGAGUUAUCAAUGAGCUCUGCGGAGGUGAUCCAAACAAGUGCAAGGUUGUCCCACUUCCAAGUGGAAAACGAUAUCUUCGUGUGAUCGUGGGGGACGCUUACUUGCAGAACUGA